GUGUCAUCAGUAACACAGUAGAAGAAGUAGUAGCAGCUGUAGCAGUUGUGUGGAACAAUUUUAGUUUACACAAGUGUCUUUUUUUUUACAAUUAAAAAACAAUAUUUUUCAGGAGGAGCGUCAGGCUUUUCUCCCGGCUGCUGCUUCACAACAUGGCGCCCACCAACGUCGUUCAGAAUAUUUCUUCAGAAUCGGGAUGCAGAAGUCCACUGGAGUCAGAGCUGCGCUCAGUGCUGCAGCAGAGGAUCAUGGUCCUGGAUGGAGGAAUGGGAACAAUGGUCCAGCAGUACAAACUGGAGGAAGAGGAUUUCAGAGGGGAGGAGUUUAAAGAGCACGCACUUCCUCUGAAAGGAAACAACGACCUUCUCAGUAUCACUCAACCCGACAUCAUCUAUAAAAUACACAAGGAGUACCUGCAGGCUGGUGCUGACAUCAUCGAGACCAACACCUUCAGCAGCACGGCCAUCGCUCAGGCAGAUUAUGGACUGCAGCACAUAGCCUAUCGUCUGAACAGAGUGUCAGCAGAGCUGGCCAGGAGAGCUGCGGACGACUUCAUCAAACAGACAGGAUGUAAACGGUACGUGGCUGGAGCUGUGGGUCCCACCAACAAAACUCUGUCCGUGUCACCGUCUGUGGAGAGACCAGACUUCAGGAACAUCACGUUUGAUGAGUUGGUGGAAGCGUACUCAGAGCAGGUCAGAGGUUUGUUAGACGGAGGAGCCGACAUCCUUCUGGUUGAAACCAUUUUUGACACUGCCAACGCCAAGGCUGCGCUGUUUGCCAUCGACCUGCUGUUUGAAAAGAACAACUACGAAAGAAAACCUGUUUUUAUCUCGGGGACCAUUGUUGACCGCAGUGGACGGACUCUGUCAGGUCAGACAGGAGAGGCCUUUGUUGUCAGUGUGUCUCAUAAUAAACCACUGUGCAUCGGCCUGAACUGUGCCUUAGGAGCCACAGAGAUGAGGCCGUUCAUCGAGGCCAUCGGUCAGAGCACCACGGCGUUCAUCAUCUGUUACCCUAACGCAGGUCUGCCCAACACAUUUGGAGGUUAUGAUGAAACCCCCGAGGUCACAGCCUCCAAUUUGAAGGAGUUUGCCUGCAGUGGACUGGUGAACAUCGUUGGCGGCUGCUGUGGGACGACUCCCGCUCACAUCAGAGCCAUCUCUGAAGCAGUUCGACAUGUGAAGCCCAGAAUCCCUGCUGCCCACGUCUACCACGACUACCUGCUGCUCUCAGGUCUGGAGCCCUUCAGGAUCGGACCUUACACCAACUUUGUGAACAUUGGAGAGAGAUGUAACGUGGCCGGCUCUCGAAGGUUUGCCAAGUUGAUCAUGGCUGGAAACUACGAGGAGGCUCUCAGCAUCGCUAAAGCCCAGGUGGAGAUGGGGGCCCAGGUUCUGGACAUCAACAUGGACGAGGGGAUGCUGGAGGGACCCACUGCCAUGGCUCGGUUCUGUAACUUCAUCGCCUCUGAGCCAGACAUCUCUAGGGUUCCUCUGUGCAUCGACUCCUCCAACUUCUCCGUGAUCGAGGCGGGGCUGAAGUGCUGUCAGGGCAAGUGCAUCGUCAACAGCAUCAGUCUGAAGGAAGGAGAAGAGGAGUUUAUCGAGAGAGCCUCCACCGUGAAGAGGUACGGAGCAGCUGUGGUCGUCAUGGCUCCUGACGAGGACGGACAGGCCACAGACACCCAGCGUAAAGUGGACAUCUGCACCCGGGCGUACAAGCUGCUGGUGAACAGAGUGGGAUUCGACCCCAACGACAUCAUCUUUGACCCCAACAUCCUCACCAUCGGAACAGGAAUGGAGGAGCACAGCGACUAUGCCAUCAACUUCAUCAGAGCCACCAAGGUCAUCAAGGAGUCGUUACCUGGAGCCAGGGUGAGUGGAGGUUUGUCCAACUUGUCCUUCUCCUUCAGAGGAAUGGAAGUCAUCAGAGAGGCCAUGCAUGGAGCCUUUCUUUACCACGCCAUCAAGGACGGGAUGGACAUGGGCAUCGUGAACGCCGGGAACCUGCCGGUGUACGACGACAUCGACAAGGAGCUGCUGCUGCUGUGUGAGAACCUGAUCUGGAACAGAGACGCCGAGGCCACGGAGAAGCUGCUGACCUACGCACAGAACCAGGUGAAAGGAGGGACAAAGGCGAUCCAGAUGGAGGAGUGGAGAGACUGGAGUGUGGAGGACAGGCUGGAGCACGCUCUGGUCAAGGGAAUAGAGAAGUUUGUGGUUGAGGACGUGGAGGAAUGUCGCUCUCAGCCCGACCGCUACGCUCGACCACUGCGCAUCAUUGAGGGUCCGCUGAUGAAUGGCAUGAAGGUGGUGGGAGAUCUGUUUGGAGCAGGGAAGAUGUUCCUGCCUCAGGUGAUCAAGUCAGCCCGAGUCAUGAAGAAGGCGGUGGGAUAUUUGAUCCCCUUCAUGGAGAAGGAGAGGGAGGAGAUGAGGGCCUCCACGGGCUCCACUGAGGAGAUAGAUCCAUAUCAGGGAACCAUAGUUUUGGCCACAGUGAAAGGAGACGUCCAUGACAUUGGGAAGAACAUUGUGGGUGUGGUGCUGGGCUGUAACAACUUCAGAGUGAUCGACCUGGGGGUGAUGGUUCCCUGUGAUCAGAUCCUCAGAGCUGCAGUCACACAUAAAGCAGACAUCAUCGGUCUGUCUGGACUCAUCACUCCGUCUCUGGAUGAGAUGAUCUACGUGGCAAAGGAGAUGGAGAGGCUGGGCAUGAGCACGCCACUGCUGAUUGGAGGAGCAACCACGUCCAAGACUCACACUGCUGUCAAAAUUACACCUCGCUACAGUUCUCCUGUGGUUCAUGUUCUGGAUGCAUCCAGGAGUGUAGUGGUGUGUUCUCAGCUGCUGGACGACUCCAUGAGGGAGGAGUACUUUGAUGAGCUGAAGGAGGAGUAUGAGGAAAUCAGACAAGAGCACUACGACUCGCUGAGGGAUCGUCGGUAUCUGUCGCUCUCUCAGGCCAGAGAGAAGGGUUUCCAUGUGGACUGGUCGUCACAGCCCAGACCAGUUGCUCCUCAGUUCCUCGGCACACGAGUCUUUGAGUGCUACGACCUGAAGAGUCUGCUGGACUUCAUCGACUGGAAGCCUUUCUUUGACGUGUGGCAGCUGAGAGGGAAAUACCCCAACAGAGGUUACCCCAAGAUCUUCAAGGACAAGACUGUUGGUACUGAGGCUCGUCGGGUCUUUGACGAGGCCCAACAGAUGCUUAACCAGAUGAUUGACAGUGGCAGUGUGAAGGGGCGGGGCUUGGUCGGCUUCUGGCGAGCUCAGAGUGACGGUGAUGACAUCAGAGUGUACAGAGAAGGGGUCAAGGUGCACAGAGAUACCAAACCUGUUGCAACCUUCCACGGUUUACGUCAACAGGCGGAGAAGGAUGGUUCCAGUUCAGAGCCGUACCUGUGCCUCUCAGACUUUGUGGCCCCCGUGGACAGUGGUGUGGAAGACUACGUCGGGGUUUUUGCAGUGGGCGUGUUUGGAGCCGAGGAGCUGAGUCAGCACUUUCAGACUCAGGGUGACGACUACAACAGCAUCAUGGUCAAAGCUCUGGCUGAUCGUCUGGCUGAGGCCUUUGCUGAAGAGCUCCAUGCUCGGGUCCGGAAAGAUCUGUGGGGCUACUGCGCUGACGAAACUCUGCAGACCUCAGACCUCCACAGAAUCCGGUACCAGGGAAUCAGACCUGCAGCAGGCUACCCUAGUCAACCUGACCACACGGAGAAGAUCACCAUGUGGAGUCUGGCUGGAAUCGAGGAGAAGACCGGCAUCACUCUGACUGAGUCUCUGGCCAUGACUCCUGCAGCCUCUGUGUCUGGACUCUACUUCUCCAAUCCUCAGGCCUCCUAUUUCUCUGUGGGAAAAAUCACACAGUGUGAGGUCAGGGUCACAGGGUCACAGGGUCACACACAGGAGGAACUGACAGCCACACUCAUAUAUGACACUGCCAACAAAGAAUAAAACGUCAUUAUGUCCAUGUUGUAAAUGUCCACUCUUCACCCCCUCUCCUCCUCCUUCUCCUGCACCUUUUUCUCCCCCUCUUGUCCUUCUCCUCCUUCUUCCCCUCUCCUCCUCCUCUUUCUCCUUUUCCCCCGGCAGGUGGAGGACUAUGCCAGUAGAAAAGGUCAGAGUGUGGAGGAGGUGCAGAGGUGGUUGGCUCCUGUGCUCGGCUACAACACAGACUGAUGGAGCUGAGAGAUCAGAGGUUACUGAGAAUCCAUGACAUCACACACAUACACACACAGGUGCUUGAAAUCCUUUUUCUUUUUUUUUAAUUGCUCGAUUGCUGAUGACAGUGUUUCCUAUGAACGUUUUGAAAGUACUUCUCACUGACUUUGACAAAAAAAAUAUAUUUUACCAAAGUAGUUCAGAGAUUUGCCUUUUCUGACAGAUGCAUUUGGUGCUUGAAGAGCUGUGCAGUCUGUUAUCAAGGGUUGUUAUCAAGUGCUUGAUUACACUGGAAAUCCUUGAAAACUUCCUGAAAUGUAAUUGACCAGACCUGGGAAGUGCUUGAAUUGUAGCUGAGAGUAUAUUAAUAAUAAUAAUAAUGUUCGUAAAUAAUUAAAGAAAAUACGUUGUUGCCAUUUCCUUAUCUUCAGCUGAUAAUUAAAACUAACACUAAUUCGAGUGAGUCGACACUAGGGGGAGCCAAAGUGGUAUUUGUGGAUCUGCUCUCCUGUUUGUAACAUUUUUCCAGCUUCAGUUCAACUGCACUGAUGUCCCAGUUACAUAAUUUUAAAGUCACUAUUAUUUAUUUAUUUUCUUCUAUUUAAAUAUUUUCCUGGCUUUAUUUUCUUUACAUAGUGCCCACCUAAGAACCUAAUCAAAACCAAUACUGCCACUAAUCCCUAAAACUGUUAUUUUACUUUUGACGGUUUUUUUAAUGUGAUGGUUCUUAGGCCAAGCUUUGUUUGUUAAAAGUUUUAAAUUCUCUGUACCAACACUUUUGAACGAGUCCUUGAAGAUUCUCCUGGAAUAUGCUGAACAAUUGUUAACAUCAUUAUAAUCAGGUGCUUAGGUAAUUGUUUAUAUUUUAACUAUUCUCUUUAGGUAAUGUUUAUUUCAAAUGAAAUUUAAAAAGUUGCAGUAUUGAUUUUUAAAUGUCUAAAAGUGUUGGCAAAGGAAAACACAUUUUAGUCACUUUUAAAAUUCAGUGAUGUGUUGUUGGCUGUUUGGAUCAAUGCAUUCUCACAAAAUAUAUAACAAUAAAACUAAAAAAAAUCUAAAAAGGACAAAUUUAAAUCAAGUUAAGAAAUCAAGAGAAAACUGACAAAUAAGAGACAGAAAAACCUAAUUAUAAAUAUUAAAAAAAUCUAUCAAUUUAUGAAUGUAAGUGUGAGUCUAAACCUCAACACACACAUCAUUAUUUUAGAAUUUAACAUGACUGCUGCUAUUUACACGUGGAUUUUCACGUUUCACAUGGCUUAUUCGUUUAUUUGUUUUUUUUUAAUGAGCUGAAUGUCGACGAUGUCAAAGAUCCUGAAAUAUUUGUCUUAAAAGCCCAAGAUGUGCUGCAAAAAUUACUUUUUCUACACAUUUGUAAUUUCUGAUGCUGGUUAAAAAAAACUGCUGCGUCUGAAAAAUACUGUCUUUGUGAAAAAUAAAAUUUCAGUAUAGAAA